GAGGCGGGGAGCCGCCCACGCCGCUCUCGGCGUCGCCGUCUCCCUGGGACGCGCGCCGGCUGCGCGACGCGCGGGAGCCGGGCGGGCAGCCAUGGCGCGGCGCGCGCGGAGGUAGCCCGGCGGGACGCGGGGAGCGCGGGGGCCGCCAUGGCCCGGCGGCGGCGCCGCGCCUGCAUCGCGCUGUUCUUGGUGCUGCUCUUCGCCUUCGGCACUCUCAUGGGCCUCCGCACGCUCAAGGCUCCGGACGGACUCCCGGCGCUGGGCCCGGGCCUGGAGCUGGCGCCCUUUGAACGACACCCGGAGGGGGCCCCCGCGCCGGCCGCCCGGGCCCCGGCCGCCCCCGCCGCGCCGCCGCCGCCGCCGCCCCGCACCGCGGGCCCGGGCAGCUCCCCAGGGCCGGCCCCAGCGGAGGCCGAACCCGCCCCGGGGCAGAGUCUGCGCGUCUACUCGGACCUGCACGCCUUCUACUACUCGUGGUACGGGAGCCCCGGGCGCGAAGGCCACUACAUCCACUGGGACCACGUCAUGGUGCCGCACUGGGACCCCAAGAUCUCGGCCAGCUACCCCCGCGGCCGCCACACUCCUCCUGAUGACUUGGGCUCCAGUUUCUACCCGGAGCUGGGGCCCUACAGCUCCCGGGACCCCGACGUGCUACGGGAGCACAUGACCCAGCUGAAGGAAGCCGCCAUCGGCGUCCUGGUCCUGUCCUGGUACCCACCCGGCAUGGCUGAUGAUAACGGGGAACCCUCAGAUGACCUGGUGCCUGCCAUUCUGGACACCGCCCAUCAGUACAACAUCCAGGUGGCCUUCCACAUCCAACCCUACAAGGGCCGAGAUGACAUCACUCUGCAUGACAACAUCAAGUACAUUAUUGACACGUAUGGCUCCCACGGUGCGUUUUACCGCUACAAGAACAGCAUGGGUAGGAGCCUCCCACUCUUUUAUAUCUACGAUUCCUACCUGACGUCCCCUGAGGCCUGGGCCCACCUCCUGACACCAAGCGGGCCCCACUCAAUCCGCAACACCCCCUAUGAUGGGGUCUUCAUAGCACUGCUGGUGGAGGAGGGCCACACCCAUGACAUCCUGGCCGCUGGAUUUGAUGGCAUGUACACCUACUUCGCCUCCAACGGUUUCUCCUUCGGCUCCUCCCAUCAGAACUGGAAAGCUGUGAAGAACUUUUGCGAUGCCAACAACCUCAUGUUCAUUCCCAGCGUGGGGCCUGGCUACAUUGACACCAGCAUCAGGCCUUGGAACAACCACAAUACGCGGAACAGGGUCAAUGGCAAGUACUAUGAGACGGCCCUGCAGGCAGCCCUGACUGUGAGGCCCGAGAUUGUCUCUAUCACCUCUUUCAAUGAGUGGCACGAGGGCACCCAGAUUGAGAAGGCCAUUCCCAAGAAGACGCCGACUCGGCUGUAUUUGGACUACCUGCCUCAUCAGCCCAGCCUGUACCUGGAGCUGACACGCCGCUGGGCGGAGCACUUCGUCAAAGAGAAGGAGCAGUGGCUGAUGUGAGGCGCCUCGAAGCCAGGGUGGGAGGUGCUGAAUCCCAGCCUCUCUGGAAGAUGGCACCACGCGGGGCUCGGCUGAGGUUAUAGGCACUUGCUCCCGAGUCAGCAGCUAGGUGCUUCUGGGCCCAUCAAGUCAGGGCCCAUGGGGAACAGAGCUAGUUCCUCAGGCAGGUGGGUGUCCUGCAGGGACAGGAAAACUAGGGGGUGUUCCAGAUUGGGAACCCCAGGGGCUGGCAGGGGACUGCACUUACCCCCAGGCAGCUCCACGUCGUCAGUCACAACACUUUAAAACAAUUCCUUCUAGCUUGGAACUCAGCUGGUUGGUGUUGUGGAGUCACCAAGUCACUGCACGUAGAAGGGUGUCAGGGCUCUGGGCCAGCAUGCACCCGCUCUUCUGCCAGCCUGCGUCCUCCCCAGGCCUCCCUCCCACAUUGGCUGUCUUCCCCAAGUUAAGAAACCAUACUGAAGACUUUAUAAAAGGGAAAAUUCUUGGUUUAAGCUCUUCACAGUAGAUUCCCAGACCCGAUUAUCAAGAAAUAAUCCUGAGCAUUCACACGUUUAUUCAACACACCCUUGGCAAGCACCUUACCACGUGCCAGGUGCUGGGGGGAAACGUGACCAGGAAUGGCUCCUGUCUUCCUAAACUUAUAGGAGCCAGCUUUCCUUAUUCCUUAUUUGGUGUGGCCCUGUAGCUAGUGCCUAAGCACAGCUAUGAGUUUUUCCUUUUUGCAGCUUUCCCCAGUGCUGGGAGUUCACUUCAUUUUCCUCGAAGAAAACACCUCUGUGCUCCAGAGCCUUCACUUUCCUAGAUGAGCAUUUAGCUCCAGGAGAGGACUAGGACACCCCCCUCCCCAUUAGCUGCCUGAAUUGAAUGAGGCCCACUCACUAGAGCCGUUUUCAGUGCUACUGUGAUUUGUAUUAAAUAUGACGUGUUGUUCCUAUCC